AUUUCCCGAAGCCACGAGGGUCCGGGCGAGAUGGGCAAGGCCGUGUACAUCCCCAAAGAUGAGCAGGAGAAGAUGAAGGACCUGUUUAAGAUUAACCAGUUCAACCUGAUGGCCAGUGACAUGAUCGCUCUCAACAGGAGUCUGCCGGACGUCAGGCUGGACGGGUGCAAGACCAAGCUGUACCCAGACGACCUGCCCACCACCAGUAUAGUGAUCGUGUUUCAUAACGAGGCCUGGAGCACAUUACUGCGAACAGUACACAGUGUGAUCAGCCGCUCCCCCCGACACCUGCUGCUCGAGAUCAUUCUGGUGGACGACGCCAGUGAACGAGACUUUCUGAAGCAGAAGCUGGAGGCGUAUGUGCGUGGUCUGGAGGUGCCGGUGAAAGUGCUGAGGAUGGAGCAAAGGUCAGGCCUGAUCCGAGCGCGGCUGAGGGGAGCUGCUGCCACCAAAGGCCAGGUCAUCACGUUCCUGGACGCUCAUUGUGAAUGCACAGUGGGCUGGCUGGAACCCCUGCUGGCCCGUAUCAGAGAGGACAGGAGUGCAGUGGUGUGCCCCAUCAUCGAUGUGAUCAGCGAUGAGACAUUCGAGUACAUGGCCGGCUCCGACAUGACGUAUGGAGGCUUCAACUGGAAGCUGAAUUUCCGCUGGUACCCUGUUCCCCAGCGAGAGAUGGACCGACGAAAGGGCGACCGAACUCUGCCUGUCAGGACUCCCACCAUGGCAGGGGGCUUGUUCUCUAUCGACAAGUCGUACUUUGAGGAAAUCGGCAGCUAUGAUCCGGGCAUGGACAUCUGGGGCGGGGAGAACCUGGAGAUGUCUUUCAGGAUCUGGCAGUGCGGGGGCUCUCUGGAGAUCGUUACCUGCUCUCAUGUCGGCCAUGUUUUCCGCAAAGCUACACCGUACAGUUUCCCUGGAGGCACAGGUCAAGUCAUCAACAAAAACAACCGACGCCUGGCUGAAGUCUGGAUGGAUGAGUUCAAAGACUUCUUCUACAUCAUAUCUCCAGGCGUGAUGCGGGUGGACUACGGUGAUGUGUCUUCCCGCAAAGCCCUUCGUGAAGCUCUGAAAUGCCGGCCCUUCUCCUGGUACCUGGAAAACAUUUACCCCGACUCACAGAUACCAAGACGAUACUACUCCCUCGGCGAAAUCCGAAACGUGGAGACCAACCAGUGCGUGGACAACAUGGGCAGGAAGGAGAACGAGAAAGUGGGCUUCUUCAACUGUCACGGCAUGGGCGGCAAUCAGGUGUUCUCGUACACGGCGGAUAAGGAGAUCCGCACAGACGACUUGUGCCUGGACGUGUCUCGCCUCAAUGGGCCCGUGGUCAUGCUCAAGUGCCACCACAUGAAGGGCAACCAGAUGUUUGAGUACGACGCUGAGCGCCUGACCCUGCUCCACGUCAACAGCAACCAGUGCUUGGACAUGCCGUCGGAGGAGGACAAGAUGGUUCCCACGCUGAGAGACUGUAACGGCAGCCGCUCCCAACAGUGGCUACUGCGCAACAUGACCCUCAGCGCGUGACCUUUUGACCUUUGACCUCACCCUGACAGAAACAAAAACAAACAGAAACGCCGUCAUCUCCUUAGCAGGUGGCUCUUACCUCAUUCGCAGCAGAGCAUGAAACGGCGGCGGAGCAAGCUGCGCCUGCCUGAUCCGCGUCGUUAGCUUAGCGCGAGGUGUUGACGCGGCUAGGACCAUGUGCGAGGUGGGUAUGCACAGGGCUGAUAUGAAACACUCGCGCUGGGAGCUGCUAUCAUCACUGCUGCUUUUGUUGCCACUGGACAAACAAUUAGCAGGAGAGCUAUUCAGACAAUGUGCACUGUAAUUUGUCCAUAUCUGGUGA